AACAAAAAAAAAACAUUUUGGAGGUAAAAAAAAAAAAAUCAUGAGAAGAUCAGAUCACGCGACGCCGGCGUUUUCCAACGUUUUACUGAUUGUGUUCUUGCUUAUAUUAUCAGCGGCGGAGCUUGUAGCGGGUCAAGGACAACCCGAUCCGAGAGAUGCAAGGUAUAACUACGGUAACUUAAGUCCAGCCAUGGCAGUGAUCGUCGUGAUCUUGAUCGCUGCUCUCUUCUUCAUGGGCUUCUUCUCCAUCUACUUCCGUCACUGCACCGGCGUACCCGACGCCACCGGCGUUUCGCCAGUUGGCGUGGGUAGAGCCAGAGGAACCGUCAACGCGGCGGCUCGUGGGUUAGACGUCUCCGUGGUGGAGACUUUUCCUACGUUUGUCUACUCUGAGGUGAAGACGCAGAAGCUUGGGAAAGGGGAGCUGGAGUGUGCGAUUUGUCUGAACGAGUUCGAAGACGACGAAACGCUGCGUUUGCUGCCUAAAUGUGAUCACGUGUUUCAUCCGCACUGUAUCGGCGCUUGGCUUGAGGCUCACGUGACUUGCCCUGUUUGUAGAGCGAAUCUCGCUGAGGGAGGGACGGUCGAACCGGUUGUUGAGUUGCAGGAGGUGGUGGUGGAUCCCGAACCGGUUGUUGAUGUUCCUGUACCGGAACGAACGGUUAGGAAUGAAGUGGAUUCGAGUAGAUUACCUGGAGUACCGGUGGAUGUUAGACGUGUCAAGUUCUCGAGAUCGCAUACUACGGGACAUUCGGUGGUUCAACCGGGAGAAUGUACCGAGCGGUUUACUCUCCGGUUACCGGAAGAUGUGAGGAAGAGGAUGAUGGAGAAUUGGAAGGUAAACCGGUCGGAUAGUCUUUCUAGGGGAGGGAGUUCGAGAAGAGGUAAACCGAUUGACCGGUCAAGGGCUCGGUCUGAUCGUUGGUUGUUCCGUAAAACGCCGUCGUUUCUGUGGAGGAGUAGGGAUGAUGGUUCGAUUAGGCUAGGUGGUACCGGUAGCGUUAGGGGAAAUGCUGUGGUGAAUUCAACCGGUGAUUCGGUACGGUCGGACCGGUGGGGUUUUCUUAGAAACGGGUCGUUUAUGUGGAGGAACUCUUCGGUACAUGUGCCAAGAGGAGUCAAUAAAGACGGCGAAGGAACUUCGGUUAAGUCAACCGGGACAGGGGGAUCAACCAGCGGUUCGGUUAGGUUACCGGUUUAGCUCACUUUUCUUUAGCCGUAGCUAGUAGCUACUACUUUUUUUCUCAUCUUUUACAACUUUUGUUUUGUAGACACGCAAUACAUUUUUUAUUAAUUUUUAAUUGUUAAUUUUGUAUUUAAAUUCUGUAACGUACAUAUAAAUCAAAGUCAAAUCCAGAAAAUAGUUCUGUUCUC